UUUUUUUUUUUUUAAAUGAAAACAAAAACAGAAAAAGGAAGAGUAGUACUUGCUUUCUCUUUCUCGAUUCCUCUCUCUCAAAAUCGCUGCUCUCAGUUCCUCUCUCACCCGCCGGCCGCUGCUCUCAAUCCCUCUCUCCCUGCUCUCAAUCUCUCUCCCUCACCUCGCCGUAAAGCCGUUCAAUCUUCCGCCGCAGCCGCACCGCACUCACUCUUUCUCUUCGUCUCGUUUGAGAGUGCUCUCAUUAACAUGUAUGCAAAUUGUGGUGCAAUGGAGUUUGCUAGGGAAAUAUAUGAAGGACUUCCGUUGAAAAAUAUGAUUGUUUUGUCUGCUAUUUACCUUCAACUUAGAUGUUGUUUUAUUUUAGUAAACUUUGUUAAUGUUUUAUUAAUGUGUGUUUUGUUAAUAGUUAUGCCUAAACAUGUUUCAUUGUCUACCGAUAAAAUGUCUCGAAUCCCAUCGGUAGUGCCACAAAAGAGAAGAAAGAGUAGUAUAGAAAAUGCCUUCAAUGUUGAGGAUAUGAAUCAUCUUAUAGAAAAUAUAGCAAUGGUAUUUUAUGCUGGUGUCUUAUCUUUCCAUCUUGCUAGAAAUCCUUACUAUGUUAGUUCUUAUUCUUUUGCUGCUAAUCACAACCUUAGUGGCUUCCUCCCUUUAAGUUAUAAUGCUCUAAGAACCACUCUUUUGAAGCAAGAAAGAGCUCAUAUUGAUAGGUUGCUUCAACCUAUAAAAUCUUUGUGGACAUUGAAGGGAGUUACGUUGGUUUCUAAUGGCUGGACAGAUGUGCAAAGGAGGCCUUUGAUAAAUUUUAUUGGCAUUUGUGAAGGAGGACAUAUAUUCUUAAAAGUCGUUGAUGGCUCUGAUGAAUAUAAAGACAAGUUUUACAUGACCAACAUAUUUAAUUCUAGAUGGGCAGACAUUGAGUACGCCCCUGAUAAAAUUUCCUCAAAAAAUUUGCCCAGGCUCUCUAACAUUCCUGGAGUCGCCACUGAUCACCUUCAACGGUGCAUCGUUAACACAAACUUGCCGGAGCAGCUAGCAUCAAUCACCAAAGCAUCCCGGUUAAUUUUCACUGUUCUCUCGUUAUUCGCCAUCGGCAACAAAGCUUGUUCGGUGAUCAGAGGCACUAAAACUCCGGUAGGGAAGAAUCUUAAAGUCUCUUAUCGUUUGAUUUCCAAUUUAAGCUUGACAACAAACCUAGAAAUGAGUUCAGGUGGUGCAUUUGGUGGCAACAGGGGACUCCGUCCGGUGCCUCCCGAAAAGGGUGUUUUCCCAUUGGAUCAUAUGCAUUUGUGUGACCUGGACAAGAAAGAAUAUCUCAACUGUCUAAAGACUGCUGGAAACAAGUCUGAAAUAUGUAGGGAAUUCUCAAAAAAAUAUCUGCAAUGCCGAAUGGAAAAGAACUUGAUGGCAAAGCAAGAUUUGGCAGAACUUGGUUUUAAAGAAGUUAAUGCAGAAACUCCGGGAGGUAAAAUUACCGAGAGGAUUGGUGAUCGCAACCAAUAAGUGUUUGAUAGUUUGCGAUAGUUAGCUUUAUUAAUGUUUGAUAAACACUGUAAGCUUAAGUAGGGGGUUGUGUAAUUUUUUACAUUAUCUUUGGUUUAUGAACUUAGUACCAUUUGUUUUUUUAAUACCAACAUAUAUCAAACAUAAACACACUUUCAAUUUAAAGUUUGUUGUAUAUAUAGUCAUUGUCCAAACUAGAUAUCCAUAAUUGUGUAUGCUUGGAUAGACAACGUGUUUUGACAAAAUCACAUCGACUUUGUUGAAGUUCCAAUGUAUAAUUUCAUCUCUAUUCAAUUCUUGA